AUGGGGCGUAGUUUGCAACAAUCAACUCGUCUUGGCCAUGUAUUCCCGGUUGACACACAGAAAAAACAGAACGGAAAUUUGGUGGCUUUUGAGGUCAACAAUAAAACUAAAAUGGAAUUUGAACCAGUUAAGAAAAAGAAAAAAAAGUUAAGACAACGAUGGUGUCAUAUUUUAUCAGGUCGACCACAAAAACUUAUUCAUUUUCUACUAGAAGAUUGGCUUUUUUUAGCCGUUCUAGGGAUACUUAUGGCAUGCAUAUCGCUGUUGAUGGACACAUGCACAGAUAAACUUCAGACUUGUCAGUCACACUUUUUGCUGGUGCCUAUAAAUUUACUGAUUUUAGUCACAAGUUUGAAUACGGCAGACAUUUCAGAUCACAUUAAAGCAAUGAAUUUGAUUCCAAAAUCAGAAAGCGAAACCACGUAUACUAUACUACGACUUAUCGUAUGGCUCGUAUAUACAGAGCUUGCUGUUAUAAUAGCAGCUGUUUUUACGCAUUAUGUCGCUCCGCAAGCUAUUGGAUCUGGAAUUCCGGAAAUGAAAACCAUAUUACGUGGUGUAGCAUUAAAGGAGUAUUUGUCGUUUCGAACAUUGAUCUCAAAAGUCGUUGGCUUAACUCUUACUAUUGGUGGUGGAUUCCCAGUUGGGAAAGAGGGACCAUUUGUACAUGUCGGUUCAAUGGUAGCAAAUUUGAUCAGUCGACUGGUUCGAAAUUUUAAGCCAGCAUAUGUAAAUGAGUCAAGAAGUGGAGAACUUUUAGCAGCUGGUUGUGCUGCUGGUGUUGCCUGUACAUUUAUUGCUCCAAUUGGAGGCGAGCUUUUUUUUUUUCAAAAUGUUUUUUUUUUUUGUUUAUCUUUUUUUACCAAAAUUGAAAAAAAUAUUGCUGACAAAGUUAUUCCACAGAUGAAGUUUUGCUUUUACGUACUUGCAAUUAUAGGAGUGCUGUUUUCGAUUGAAGUAACUGCCGUAUAUUUUGCUGUUCGAGACUACUGGAGAGGCUUUUUUGCUGCUUGUUGCGGCUCUGCAGUUUUUUCUCUUCUCCGAAUUUAUACUCGUUCUUCUCAAGUUACUGUGAGCGCUUUCGUACAGACAACAUUUACUAACCGAACAUUCUAUCCAGAAGAACUCUUUUUCUUCGCCCUAAUUGGUCUGUUUUGUGGCUUUACUGGCGCAAUGUUUAUACUGCUUCACCGCCGAGUUGUCCUCUUUUUGCGAAGGAAUAGUGCAAUGAAAUUUCUUUUCCAGAGGAACUAUCUGGUGUACCCAAUUUUUAUUGCUUUAUUUUAUUCCGUCUUAACAUAUCCGAGAUUGAUUGGGAAGCAUAUUAUUGGAGAUCCUGUAUACGGACAUACACUUCGAGAUUUUUUCAUCAACUGCACUUGGCAUUCGGGACAAAAUUCAUUUAUAUCCUGUAGUGAACAGUUAACAUCUCGGUGGAGUACAGACGGUUCAAUUUUCACUAACCUUGGCGUUUUCAUUGUAUCCUUCUUUCUUCUCGACAUCAUAGCCAGUACAUUACCAGUUCCGGCAGGAAUAUUCAUGCCUGCGUUUGUUCUUGGCGGAGCGAUUGGACGGUUUUUUGGUGAGGUGAUAGCAUACAACUUUCCAGACGGUGUUAGAGGAGACCAAAGCAUGCUUGUUUACCCUGGUGUAUACGCUGUAGUCGGAGCAGCGUCGUUUUGUGGUGCAGUAACGCACACAGUUUCCGUAGCUGUUAUUGCUUUUGAGAUAACCGGUCAACUGGUUCACAGCUUACCUGUGAUGAUAGCUGUUAUAAUUGCAAAUAUUGUCUGUUCAUCGUUCCAGCCAUCUUUCUUUGACAGCAUAAUCAAGAUCAAACAUCUUCCAUACCUGCCAGAUAUUCCAAAAUCGACAUCUGAGAUUCACGCUAUAAGAGUUGAGCAAAUAAUGGUUCGAAAUGUGAAAUCGCUGAGUAAAAAAAGCACAUACCGUGAACUUCAAGAUUUGCUUAUUAACAUGCCACGCUUGAAAGCUUUUCCUGUUGUAGAUGACCCAGCUACAAAUGUUUUACUGGGAUCCAUAAAUCGUCAUAUAUUACUACGAAUGUUGGAAACAAAGGUAGGUGAUGACGCCAGAUGUGCCGAAGCAUUAAGAAGAGCUCGAAUUGAAUUGCAAGUUAUUGGUGUGGACGACGAUGUCACAGAGGAGAUUACAAGAGUAUUUACAGCAUUGGCUACAGCAUUGUCAAGCUGAAG